AUGAUCAUUUACUCAUGUUCUUCUGAUCAUCUGGUAAACACGAAGUUUAUCUCUAAAUCAUUGAUACUUUCAUUAUCAAUACUAGUGUUACUAUCAAGCACAGCAUAUUCAUUCCAAGGGAUAAAAGAAUUAAAUUCGUUACAAGGGAAAAAUUUGUUAAAUUUUGAGUUUCCAAAAUCUGACAAUGGAGACAAGUCAUCCCAUGAGGAUCCCGACGGUCAUAUAAAGUCAGCUACUUUUGUGUCUGAAAUGUUUGAAAUGGAGCCAGGACUAGUUGUGGGGAAAAGUUUUUAUGAUAUUGAAUUCCCAAAAGGUCACAUUGGAGUCAAGAGUUUUGAUGCUGAACUAAUUGAUGAAGAUGGGAACUCUGUACCUUUGUAUGAAACAUACCUUCACCAUUGGUUUGCUAUAAGAUACAUUGAAAAUGUUACUGUUGCUAGCAUGCGCGGCGGCUCUAAGGUUCGUCCCAAGAAUUAUGAUGGUUUCAUUUUCAAGAGGAAUCAAGGCAUGUGCCACGACUUUAUUCUUCCACUUUACUGGGGCUUAGGAGUUGAAUCACGAGGAACAACCUCAAACCUUCCAGACCCUUUUGCAGUAGAACUACAUAACCCUGCAGAAAUUCCAUAUGGGUAUGAAGAGAGAUGGUUAUUAGACAUAUUGGCCAUUGAUACACGUGGUACACAAGAUAGGAAAGGUUGUACUGAUUGCAACUGUGAUCUUAUGAAUCUCCCUAAAGACUUUUAUAAUGUCACAAAAGGCAUUAAUGGUGAGCCACUGACCCCCGAAUAUAAAGGAGGACUCCUAUGUUGCAAAGACAACUUAAAAUGCAAAUUGAGAGAGGGUUUUGAAGGCCCAAAGAGAAAGCUUGCCCUAAGAUACAAAAUAAGGUGGGUUGACUGGGACGAAAGCCAAAUUCCUGUUAAUUUUUAUGUACUUGAUUCGACCGAUAAAAUCAAAUCCAAUAGUUCAACUUCAUUCCAUGAGUGUCAGGUAGAAUUUACUAUUCUGGCAAAUGGUAGCAAGGACUCUCCUCAUGUCCAGAAAACAAAAAUUCCAAUGCAAAAAGGUGGUUAUCUCAUUUAUGGAACGGCUCAUUUGCAUUCAAGUGGUAUUAAUGCAACUCUAUAUGGAGAGGACGGAAGAACUCUAUGUACCUCAAAAGCAAAAUAUGGAACGGGAAUUGAACCCGGAAAUGAGAAAGGUUAUGCUGUUGGAAGGUCUGUUUGUUAUCCAAAACCAGGUUCUAUCAAGAUUAAGGAUGGUGAAAUUUUGACACUAGAAGCCAGAUACGAAAGCGGCUUUCUAACUGGAGCUAUGGGACAUAUCAUGGAGGAGAUUAAAUCAGCUUAUCAAGAUGCUAGUAAUAGCUUACCAUCACGAAGGCCUGUGAUGGAGAUGGCAAAUCCUUCUUCGUUGGACAAUACCAUAUCACCACUUG